CUGUGCAGUCGCCACUGGCUGGCCGCAGUAUAAAAAGACUGCAAUAUGCGUGAAUUCAUCAGUCACUCAUCUAGAGAGGUAAUACCAACUCGCAACAUGAUUCGUGCUUGUGUCCUCCUCGCCCUGGCCACCUGUGCCAUUGCCGGUUACGCCGGCUACCCGGUCGGCUACUCCUUCGGUGCUCCUGCCUACGCUGCCUAUCAUGCUCCACUGGCCUCCGUGUCAACCGUACACCACGCUCCCGGAUUUGGAUAUGGCCUUGGCUACGGAAUUCCCACAUAUGGCUUUGGACUCGGCAGCUACGGUCUCAGCUACGGAUACGGUCUCGGCGGCCUCGGUUACAGCACCUUCCUCCGCAAAAAAUGAACUCGACAAGGCGACAGUGGUGAUUCUCACAAGAAAGCGUGAUAUUGCAUUCAUGCUGAAAUAAAAAAAACCCUAUCAGAUUUCUAGC